GUGUGUUUGCAGGUGUACACAGUAACGGCAGGUACAGAAGCUUAAACGCUGCAGGUGGUCAAAAGAGGCCUAGCGUGGUCGGUUGGGUUGCUGAGCGAGUGAUUUGCCGAAGCUUGGAAUUCCUCUUGCCAAUACACGAAAGAGCAACUCCCAUCUCCACAGUCCGCAAUGCAUCGAAUGGAAUGCAUGCGGUGAAGGUCAGACAUGAGAAAAGACGACUCGCGCAAUGGCAGCGAGAAGGUCACGACCUCGACCGGAAUCCAUCUGCAGCAACCUGAUCGCUCCCGACGUAAAGGCAAAACAUUGCUCGAGAUUCACGAGGAGAGGAAGGUACUGCAGCGGGCGGUUGCGCAGAAGCUGCAAAGCGAUCCGGUUCACGACGAAGAUGGCACCAAUGUCGAAUCUAUUCCCGAUGACGAGGGAGAGAUAGGGCCCAUUGCGGACGCGACAUUCUGGUCAAUCAUUCUUGCGACGCUCCAUUUCACCCUCGAUGUACUCGUGUACAGCCAGUACAGGCAGGAGAUCGAAUGGACGGUCAUCACAAAACGGACAAUCACCAUGAUCAUCCCCUUAUUUGUGCUGGUCCUGCUUCUGCGCUCGUCCAUCGUGCGUCAAUUCCCAUUGCCCAGGCAGAUCUUCUUCCUCAUCGCGGGCACGAUAUCGGGAUGCUAUGUCAUCUACGCGGCGAAUGUGUACGGAUACUAUGCGGUGAUGAAGCAGGCGCCGCCACUCGGCACGCUGUGGAUAUGGAGCGUGAUUGAGAUGGAUUUGCCGUUUGCGGUGGCCAGUGUAGCAUUCGAUCUGGGAUAUGUCUGGUUCAAGCAGUAUUCUGUGUAUUGAUUGCA